AUGGGGUUGAAAUCUUUCUUCAGUAUCUCUUUCAUAUACAAGCGUUUUGUCGGGAAGGUCAAGACUAUUAUCAAGGACCUAAUUUUUGGCAAGAAGAAAGCAAAGUCUAAAUCUAAAGACAAGAAACAAGGGAACCAAAUCCCCGGAGAAAAACUCAAGAAUCAAGUCUCUGGGUUUACCAAAAAUAUCGGACUCAAGCAGGAGCCAGAAUACCAGAACGAGAAACUCUCAGUGCCUAUGGGGAAGAGGGGAUACGAGCCAAUCAACGAACCUAUCUCCCCGAAGAAGAAGAGGAAUCCAAUGAAAAAGUUGAGGAAGAUGCUUUUAUGA